AUGUCUUCGCCUGCUGCAGCUGCAGCUCUUGCGAGCACAGUGACCUCGGCUGCGGCCUUCGGCUUUGUUCCUGUUGCGGUUCGCUUUCAGCUUUUCGAUAUCUUGGCAGAUCUUGAAAAGCCAGUGAGCGGACAAGAUGUCUUGACGGUCCUCCAAAGCCGGUCCAGCGACAAAAACAGACAGGAUGUACCAUGUUUACUUCUAAUUCAGGACACACUGUAUGCCAUGUCCGGUUUGGGCUUUGUUGAUUUUGCCGGAGAGAAUCUGUACCGUGCCAAUGCCAUAACCAAGCAUUUGGCUGCCACUCCGUCCGCCCAACACGGAGCUGUGCACUUUACAACCGAAGCCCUUCUCGCCGGUGCAUUCCUGAUGCGAAAACUCGAGGCAGAAAACUUUCAGUAUCCAUUCAAAGAGCAGGAGACGCCAUUUCAGUUUGCCUACAAAUCAAUGGGCCAAGAGGAGCUCGCAAAGGAACAUACUUAUUCCAUCAUGGCUGCAGAAGGCCGGAUGGACAGUUUCAAUCACUUCAUGGUGGGCAAGUUUAUGAAAACAAACACUGCUCCUGACCGUCUCCGUGCCCUAGGGUACGAUCUGGAAUCGGUCCUUAACGACGCACAUGCUUCUACUCCGCUGACCAUGGUGGACAUCGGCGGAGGUCGCGGGGAGAUGAUUCUCGAUUUCAAGGCUGCAUUUCCCCAGCUUCAGACUUCGGACCUGAUCGUCCAAGAGUUCAAUCAUGAUAUCACAGAUAUCCCUGGGGUUACCCUGGCUACAUGGAACUACAAGGAUGAAAGUCCCCAACCGAUCAAAGGCGCGCUGAUCUACCAUCUGGCGCAUAUUCUACACAAUCUCUCAGACUUGGAAGCUUUGCGCCUGCUGAAGAAGAUAUCGGAGGCUAUGGCUCCUCAAUCGCGAUUGCUGAUUCAUGAGUUUGCGAAGAAUGUCAAUUACGCGAAGAUGCACGCUGCCAUGAUUGCCUUGUAUGGAGGUCGAGAGAGAAGUUCGACCGAAUGGCAUCAAAUGGCGGACUUGGCUGGGCUUCGGGUGACAUUCGAGGCUUAUCCGCCGUUUGGAGAGGGCUUGGUUGAAAUGAGGAAGGCGGAAAGCUCUGUUUAG